AUGGCGCUUGGAUCUGGACAGCAACACCUGGGCCUGGUGCACAGGGAGAAGGCAGAGAUCAUCAAAGUGCUCAAUAGCUACUACCAGUCUUUCGUGGACGUGAUGGAGUUCCGGGACCAUGUGUACAAGCUGCUGAACACCAUCGAUGCCAGUCAGUGCUGCUUCGACAUCCACGUGAACUAUGACCUCACCAAGAACUACCUGGACCUGGUAGUGACCUACACGUCUGUCAUCCUGUUGCUGUCAUGUAUCGAGGACCGCAAAGCCCUGAUUGGGAUGUACAACUGUGCCCAUGAGAUGAUCCAGGGCAGCGGCAACCCCAGCUAUGCUCGGCUGGCCCAGAUGGUGCUGGAGUAUGACACCCCACUCAAGAAACUCACAGAGGAGUUCGGGUCUCACACCAAGGCCGUGACCAGGGCACUUCUGUCUCUCCAUUUCCUCUUUGUCCGGAGGAACCAGUCAGCCGAGCAGUGGCGCAGCGACCAGCUCCUGAGCCUGAUCAGCAACUCGGCCACAAUGCUGAGCCCGGCCAGCUUGAAUGUCACGGCCUGUGAGUACCUGUCGCUGGAGGUGAUUGAGCGCUGGAUACUGAUUGGCUUCCUCCUGUGCCACGGCUGCCUGAGCUCGAACCCGCAGUGCCUGGAGCUGUGGAAGCUGGGCCUGCAGGGCUCGCUCUACAUCAGCCUCAUCCGCGACGACGCCCUGCAGAUCCACAGGGUCACCGAGGAGUUCUUCGGCCAUCUGAAAGGGUACGGGAAGCAGGCGGCUGAUGUCAAGGAGUGCAAGGAGCACACUGUGGUGCACAGUGGCCAGUUGCACCGGAACCGGCGGGCUUUCCUACGCAACGCAGUGCGGGAGCUGGAGGUGCUGCUGAGCCACCAGCCGGGGCUGCUGGGCCCUAAGGCUCUCUGCGUCUUCGUGGCGCUCUCCUUAUGCUGCGACGAGGUGAACUGGCUGGUGCGUCACGCUGAGCAUGUCACCAAGACCCCUGAGGACUACGCUGACAGUCACAUCGCCGAGCUGCUGUUCCUCACGGAGCAGCUGCGUACCCUGGUGCACAGGCAUGGCCCAGUGAUCCAGCGCCACCACGUCCAGUACCUGGCUCGCCACCACCCCCUCCAAGGCCCUGUCUCUGCCCCUAGGGGAGAGCCCCCCACUCAUGGAGCUGCUGACCCCUCUCUAAAGCUGCUUCUCUUUCCUGCAGUGGACAAAAAGGAGAAGUUCGACGUCUCAGGGCUUCGCCUGGACUGGUUCCGGCUGCAGGCUUACAGCAGUGUGGCCAAGGCCCCCAUGCAGCUGCGCGAGAGCCCGGACAUGGGCCGUGUGAUGAACCUCAUCAUGUUCCACUCCAAGAUGCUGGACUCACUGGAGGAGCUGGUAGUGGAGACUUCGGACCUGUCGGCCUUCUGUUUCUACGUCCGCCCCUUCGAGAAGCUGUUUGCUCUGACCAUGGAGGAGCCGGCCAUGCUGCGCUUCACCAUUGCCUUCCCACUCAUCUGCAGCCAUUUUGCCCACUGCACCCACCCCAUGUGUCCAGAGGAGUAUCCCCACCUGAAGAGCUGCAGCCUGGGUCUGUGCAACAGCUUCCUGGAAGAGAUCGCCAAGCCAGCUGCCAACUGCAUCAUGGACACAUGUGCCGAGCAGCGCAAACUCAGUGAGCAGCUGCUGCCCAAACACUGCGCCUCCACCAUCAGCAAGGCCCAGAACAAGAAGGCCCAGAAGCAGCCCCCCAAGAAGGGGGAGCCGGAGCGGGACAAACCAGGGGGUGAGAGCCAGAGGAAGGAAAGGAUCGUGGUGACCAACAUGGACAAGCUGCACCAGGUGCUGAGCGAGCUCUCCCUGAGCAUCAACCACGUCCCCAGCUUCACCGUGUUCGAGCACAUGGUCACACCGGCCGAAUAUCUCAGCAGCCACCUGGAAACGCGGCUCAACAGAUCCUUCGUGUGGAUGGCCAGCUGCAACCAGGCUACGCAGGAGAUUGCGCGGCCCUCUGAGGUGCUGGCUGGCCUGCGCUCCUACCUCGCCUUCAUCCAGUCGCUGGGGCAGUUCACGUGCAUGGACUCCAGCCGCAUCAUCCGCAACGUCCUGCUUCAGCAGACACAACCCCUGGACUCCAGCGAGGAGCAGACCCUCACCACCAUCUACACCAACUGGUACCUGGAGGCGCUGCUGCGCCAGGCCAGCACUGAGGCCAUUGUGCUGUCCCAGCUGGCUCCAGACACCACUGCUGACAAUGUGCUGAAAAGAAUGAUCAUCAUCGGGGGGAUCCUGAGCUUCCGCUCCAUGACACAGAGUGGGCUGCAUGAGGUCUUCUCCAACCGCUGCCCGUUCCUGAUGGGCCCCAUCGAGUGCCUGAAGGAUUCCGUCACCCCAGACACGGACAUAAAGGUGGGGGCGACCCUUGUGCUUCUCUCUGCUGUGGGUGGGCUCUGUGGCUAG